CCUGAGAGGGCAGCAUCCCUGGCAGCAAGGACCCCUGCUUCGCCACUGCCCGACUCCCGGCGCAAGCUCGCAUUCGCCCUCUCCGGUCCAAGAUGGUGGCCUCCGGGGCAAUUGGAGGCCUCCGCCGCCUGACGGCUUCCCGAGCCAGCCGCUUCACUGGUUAUACCUGCCGCAAUUUUGCCCAGUCCUCUGCUUUGUUAUCCAGAACCCAUGUCAACUAUGCAGUCAAAGGAGAUGUGGCAGUUGUGCGAAUUAACUCACCUAAUUCAAAGGUAAACACUUUGAAUAAAGAGUUGCACUCAGAUUUUGAACAAGUGAUGAAUGAAAUAUGGGCUAGUGAUACAAUCAAAAGUGCAGUCAUUAUCUCUACAAAGCCAGGUUGCUUUAUUGCUGGUGCUGAUGUCAACAUGAUAGCUGCUUGCAAGACUGCUGAGGAGGUAACUCAGUUAUCACAAGAGGGACAACAAAUGUUUCAGAAACUUGAGAAGUCUCCAAAGCCUGUUGUGGCUGCCAUCAGUGGGUCCUGCCUGGGAGGAGGACUUGAGCUUGCCAUUGCGUGUCAAUUCAGAAUAGCAACAAAAGACAAAAAGACAGUAUUGGCGUCCCCUGAAGUGUUACUGGGAUUAUUGCCAGGAGCAGGGGGCACUCAAAGGCUCCCAAAGAUGGUUGGGAUUCCUGCUGCCUUUGACAUGAUGCUGACUGGUAGAAAUAUUCAUGCAGACAGAGCGAAGAAAAUGGGUCUGGUUGACCAGUUGGUGGAGCCUCUAGGACCAGGUGUGAAACUACCAGAAGAACGAACAGUUGAAUACCUAGAAGAAGUAGCAGUCACUUUUGCAAAAGGACUGGCUGAUAAGAAGAUCUCUGGGAAGAAGGAAAAGGGGCUGGUUGAUAAGUUAACAGGAUAUGCCAUGACUUUUCCAUUUGUGAGGCAACUGAUCUACAAAAAAGUUGAAGAGAAAGUACAGAAACAAACCAAAGGUCUUUAUCCAGCUCCUCUGAAAAUAAUUGAUGUGGUGAAGACUGGAAUUGAACAUGGGAGUGAAGCUGGCUACCUCUCUGAAUCCCAGAAAUUUGGUGAACUUGCGAUGACUAGAGAAUGUAAGGCUUUAAUUGGUCUCUACAAUGGUCAGGUUCUUUGCAAGAAGAAUAAAUUUGGAGCUCCACAGAAGCCUGUUACGCAGCUAUCUAUUCUUGGAGCUGGGCUUAUGGGAGCUGGCAUUGCCCAAGUUUCUGUGGAUAAAGGGCUAAAGACCAUACUCAAAGAUACUUCAGUCGCGGGGUUAGGACGAGGACAGCAGCAAAUUUUCAAAGGGUUGGAUGAUAAAGUGAAGAAGAAAAGCCUGACAUCAUUUGAAAGAGAUUCCAUUUACAGCAGUCUCACUGGGCAACUUGAUUAUCAGGGAUUUGAAAAGUCUGACAUGGUUAUUGAAGCCGUUUUUGAGGACCUUCGCAUUAAGCAUGCAGUUCUAAAGGAGGUUGAAUCGGUGGUUCCAGCUCAUUGUAUCUUUGCUAGUAACACAUCAGCUCUCCCAAUCAGUGAAAUUGCUUCUGUUAGCAAAAGACCUGAAAAGGUCAUUGGAAUGCACUACUUUUCUCCCGUGGACAAGAUGCAGCUACUAGAGAUCAUCACAACAGAAAAAACUUCCAAGGACACAGUUGCCUCUGCAGUUUCAGUUGGUCUCAAGCAGGGGAAAGUGAUCAUUGUGGUUAAGGAUGGACCAGGCUUCUAUACUACCAGGUGUCUUGCACCCAUGAUGUCUGAAGUCAUCCGAAUUCUACAGGAAGGUACUGAGCCCAAGACGCUGGACACCUUGACUACAAGCUUUGGCUUUCCUGUGGGUGCUGCCACACUUGUAGAUGAAGUUGGUGUUGAUGUAGCUCAGCAUGUAUCAGAAGAACUGGGCAAAGCCUUUGGGGAACGCUUUGGUGGUGGAAACCAAGAACUGCUGAAACAAAUGGUUAACAGAGGUUUCUUGGGUCGCAAGUCUGGAAAGGGUUUUUACAUCUACCAGCCAGGAGUGAAAAGCAAGAAUUUGAAUUCUGGCAUGAAUGAAAUUCUGACAAGUCUGAAGAUGUCUCCUCGGUCUGAAGUCUCCACCCCAGAAGAGAUCCAGUACCGAUUAGUAACAAGAUUUGUGAAUGAGGCAGUCAUGUGCCUACAAGAAGGGAUCCUGGCUUCCCCUGAAGAGGGAGACAUUGGGGCAGUCUUUGGUCUUGGCUUCCCACCUUGUCUUGGAGGUCCCUUCCGUUUCUCAGAUCUGUAUGGUGCCCAGAAGUUGGUGGACCGGAUGAAGAAAUAUGAGGAAAUCUAUGGAAAGCAGUUCACCCCUUGCCAACUAUUAAUUGACCAUGCAAACAACCCUAGCAAAAAGUUUUAUCAUUGAACAGGCACGGUCUUACCUUGUG